GCUUCGAUUCGACCAUUCCCCAAAUCCCAAUUAACUGAAAAAAAAAAAAGAAAAAGAAAAAAGUCUCCUCCCAGUAGUGAGUCCAAGGAGAGGGUAUUCGAGGGGUUCAGUCGACCGGCGGCGAGCAUGGCGGCGGCGGCGGCGGCGGCGGGUCUGGAGGAGGCCCUCAGGCCCUUCCACGAUAGGGCCUCCGAUGCCGAGACACGUUUAGCAAAGCUGGAAGCCUUGCUGCUGAACAAAGAUGGCCUGACGAGUGGUUCAGAGACAAAUUCAUCAGCCGUGAAAGAUCUUCAGUCAAAGCUUGAUGCAGUUAACACAGAAUGUCUUGCUGAAAAGGAAAAGAACAAGAAGCUAAUCAUAGAGAACGAGAAGCUCCAGUACCGUAUCACCCAUCUCAUCCGCGCAUUGAAAGAGGCAGAUUCAAGAUAGAGAGCCCUACCAAGCUGGACCUAAAGCUAAAUUUGUUUAAAUUGAAGCACUGUGUAUGAUCUUGUGGUUUUGUGGACUGCGUGUUCUUAGCACCAUCCAUGAAUUUAGCCAAAACUAUUCUAGCGAUCUUGAUGGGUAUGGUUAAAGCAAGGUAUUGAUUUCGAAUUUUUGAAACAUAAUUAAACUGCUUGUAUUUGACUAUUACACAAAAUUGGGUGCGACUCCCUGUCAUCUCCCAUUUCGCAAGAUGAUUUCAGUGCUGAAAAGUGAAAAAAAAUUGCUGCAAUUCAACUCAAUGUACAGUUGAUAUGACAUGAAAUCUUUUGGAGAA